AACAAUGAUCACAGCAAUAUCAAUACCAAUGACAAAAAUGAUAAAAGCAGGAAAAACAGUUCAGAAUUACGAAGAGAAAGGAACACCUCUUCAACACCAACAUCAAUGGAAAGACAUGUCAUCCAGACUGACAACCCCAACUAUAAAACAAAUCAACAUUGAAAAUAAACAAGAAGAAUAA